AUGAGUAACGAUUUCCGACUUGGAUUUGAGGGUCAACCUCCAGUCUAUGCUGACGCACUGGAUUAUCUCAACAUGAUAUUUACGGGUGUCUUCACUGUCGAGUUCAUCCUCAAACUAACUGCUUUGGGAUUUAAGAAUUACUUCAAUGACCUUUUCAACGUCUUCGAUUUCAUCAUCGUGGUGGGCAGUUUUGUUGACAUUGUACUCUCUCAUAUCGCCGAAAACUCAAAGUUCUUUAGCAUCAACUUCUUUCGCCUCUUUCGCGUAAUGAGGUUGGUGAAAUUGCUCAGCCGAGGUGAAGGUAUCAGAACUCUACUUUGGACGUUUGUCAAGUCUUUCCAAGCCCUCCCCUAUGUUGCUUUGCUCAUUCUCAUGCUCUUCUUCAUCUACGCUGUCAUCGGCAUGCAAAUGUUUGGCAAAAUUGCUCUAAAUAACCCAGAUAGUGCAAUAACGGUGAACUCAAAUUUUCAGACAUUUCCUCAAGCCGUCUUGAUUCUUUUUCGCUCGGCAACUGGUGAGGCAUGGCAGGACAUCAUGUUCAGUUGCGUAGGAGGUGAGUUAAAGUAA